AUUUAGUCAAUGUCAAACGCUGAAAAUGUACUCAAUUUAUAAAGAAUACGAACAAAUUACAUAAGAACUCAGAAAAGUUUUUCUGAGAUUGUGACUGACUGUGAUUAAUUUCCAUUUGUCAUCCAUCUCCAUCGCUAAACGUGACGACGUCAGUUUCUUGUCAUUUUGACAGUACUUGACAAGAGAAAAAUCCAAUCAAAACAUUUUUCAUUUGAAAAAUUAUAAAUAGAAACAGAUAAUCGUGGAUUGCAAAAAAUUAUAAUUCCAUUCAAUAAUAUAUGAAUCAUUUCACUAAGCUACUGAGGUCAUUUACAAGGAGGUUAAGUAUGGAUAUGGAAACUAGUGAGGAUUAUUUAUACUAUUCUCAAGAAAAACUACUGAGCCUCAUGGAUUUGAAAAAAGAUAAAAAUUUAGGUAUCCAAGAAUACCUUAAGAAUGUGAAAUACGCACCCAUUGAAGACUUUAAAACGGGUAGGAAUACAAAAUAUGUGUUACCUCUAGACAAGUUCACAGUGAUUUUUCAAUGUAAUGAACUGAUAUAGUAAAAUGUUAAUGAUAUAAAAUGAUUUAUACCAAUAUAUAAUAUAUGAUGUAUAUCCAAUUUACUUGUAUAGUUUCUUCAUUCACUAUUAUGAACCAUUUAUAUUAUAGUGACAUGAGAUUGUAGUCUGGAGUGGUUCAAUGUUACAAAGCCCCUUUCAUUCAAGGAACAUUUGAAAGGCAAAGUGGUAGUGUUGGAUUUCUUCACAUAUUGUUGUAUCAACUGUAUGCAUAUCAUACCUGAUCUGAGAGAGAUAGAAAAUACUUAUUCUAUUGAAGAUGGCUUGGCUGUGGUGGGUGUACACAGUGCGAAAUUCGAAAACGAAAAGAACUCCUCAAACAUCCUAGCUGCAGUACAGCGAUACAACAUUGGACACCCAGUGGUGAACGACCAUAACAGCACCAUGUGGCGCAAUUGCGAUGUGCAAUGUUGGCCUACUAUGGUGUUAUUGGGACCUAACGCCAAUCCGAUCCUCAUGUUGACGGGCGAAGGACACAAGGAGGAUUUGCUGUUGAUUGUCAAGAAUGCAUUGGAGUUUUAUAAGCAACAAGGAAUGAUCUCCAACCAUAAAUUGCCCGUUCAGACUGCAUACCACUUGCUUCCUGACCUCAAAGGGCCCCUGUUAUUCCCAGGGAAAAUUACAAAUGUAGUCGACGAAAAUAACCACGAAAUUCUGGCGGUAUCAGAUACCGGCAACAGUCGAAUCUUGAUCAUGAAGCCAGAUGGAACUAUUUUGAAGCAAAUCGGAGGAAACAGAUUGGGAUUUAAAGAUGGCACCUGUGAGGAAGCAGAGUUCAACAAUCCGCAAGGGCUGGCAUUCCAGAAUAAAGACGUACUCUUUGUGGCCGAUACGGAGAAUCAUGCUAUCAGGAGGAUCAAUUUCAAGAAAAAUAUAGUUGAAACCGUGGCAGGUACCGGUGAACAAGGUCAUGACUAUGAAGGCGGGAAACUGUGGACCAAACAGGAGAUAUCGUCUCCAUGGGACGUUUGUAUUUACAGAACUCCUGGAAAUCCUCCUUUGAAGGAUGUAUUGAUCAUAGCCAUGGCUGGUAUACAUCAAAUAUGGGCGUUGUUUCUGGAAGAUACCGUCUGGUGGAAAUGCAAGUUGCAACCGGCAGGAACUUGCGUCAGGAUCGCAGGAUCCGGGAGGGAGGAGAACAGAAACAACAACUACCCCCAUGCGGCAGCUUUUGCUCAGCCAUCUGGUUUAGCAUUGAGCUUAAAGAACCGGGAAGUUUAUAUUGCAGAUAGUGAGAGUUCCAGCAUACGAAGGUUGUCAUUGGUAGAUGGAAAAGUGACGCCUGUUGUGGGAGGAGACAAGAAUCCAAAUAACUUGUUUGCCUUUGGAGACAAAGAUGGUGCCAUCUAUGAAGCUAAACUUCAACAUGUAUUAGGCGUUGCACUUAGUAGAGAUGAGCAGCAUUUAUUUGUCGCCGAUACGUACAAUCACAAGGUGAAACGUGUUGACGUAACGAAAAAUACAGUAACUUCACUGCCUACCCCUCCAACAACGCGAUCGAAUGACACAACAGAUGGUGCUAUAGCAUUCAAAGAACCCGCUGGACUUUGCGUCAGUGCUGACAACAAACGGGUGUAUGUGGCCGACACCAACAAUCAUGUGAUCAAAACUCUUUAUUUAGAUAGUAAGCUGAACGUCAAUAAGGUGGAGAAGAUGCAUCUUAAAAAACAGGGUCAAGAAACAGAUGGCCCCCAUUUGAAAAAAAUCGGCUACGAAGUUCUAACCAGAAAACCGAUCAAAAUAAGCAAAGACGGUGGCAAAAUAAUCAUAUCAGUCAAAAUCAACCUAGGCAGGAACGUAAAACUCACCGAUGAUACUCCACAAUCAUGGGCUGUGGACUUACCAGACUUCACUUGGUCUGCUGUUCCAAAAAGUGGUAGCGAACUGGACGACAUUGAUGUUGUCAUCAGUGUACCGCCGCAUACGAAUGGUGGUACUAACGAUGUUGAUUUCGUGUUUGAUCUAGUCAUCUGUGGAGCUGAUACGUGUAUCCCGAGAAAGUUCUUGAUGCGAGUACCUGUCGAGUACUCUGAAAAAGGCAGUAUUCAUGUCUCGGAGACAAUCGGGGCGGAAGUUGGACAGGGAAGAAUCAAGAUGUUGUGAAAUAUUUGUAUGGGAUGUGAAGGAAUCAUCAUAAUGAGCGUCUUAUUCUAAAUAAGUUAUCUCUCAGAGAUUGCUAUCAAAAAUACGUUUUCACUUCAGGUAACAUUAGGACAAAGAAGCUAUCUGACUAUUUUAAUGUUUUUAUUUUCGUAUUAUGCAGCAUUUCUUUUUAUUUGGUACAAAUCUCGCACUCAGCUUCAUGCUAAUUUGUCAAUGACAUAUACUUGAAACUACAGAAUAUACAGGGUGGCCCAUCCAUGUGUGGACGGAAUAUUACUCAUACACAAAUACAUUUUGGAAAAAUCUAUUUAUGGCAUGUUAUAUAUGACAUUUGAGGGCACAUUUCUAAAAUAUUGGCAAUUAUACAGGGUGUCCCAAUUUUUACCUACAUAUCAAAGUUGUGAUUUUUUAAAUGGAAUGCCUCAAAUUUUUAUGCAUAUUUGGAUAAACCAAUUCAAAAGAAGAGAUUUAAGAUACUAUGGGGUUUUGGUAAUUAGCUACUGAGAUGUAAGAUGUUUUGACCAGAAAAAGCGUCCACUUCGGCAAUCCCCAAUCCGCCAUUUUGUAUAACAAAACUUACAUACUUCAGCUUUUAUCUUAUUUGAUAGUUUUUCGAAUUUUCAUUUUUGCUCAUACGCAAAUUGUACUUAUUUUCUCAAAAAUUUCAAAUGCAUCACCCUGUAUAUUUGUGCAAGUUUAGAUCCAAUUUUUUAUAAGCUUUUUUUUGUAUAAGGUUGAUUCAGAUAAAAUCACUGGAUUUUGGGUUAUUAAGCUUUUAAUAGAACAACACACCAAAAUUAAGGCAAAAAAUAGCAUCAUCCAUGGAAACAAAAGACAAACAAUGGGCUAGUUCCAUAUUGCCACUAAGAGUACAGAUUUGACGUAAAAACUAAUAACAAUCAGAACAGUAUAAAUUAGCUUCAAGCGUAAUAGAGAAAAACAACUAUAGCAACAUCAUAAACAAACAACUAUCACUACUCAAGACCUAAUCUACAAAAACUGCUCGAAAAUAUCUCCACCGUGUUGAAUACACAGCCGUAGUCUGUGGAUAAAUGACCGUUGCACAUCCCUCAGCAUGUGUUCCCUUAUGUUCAGAAAAGCAUCCUUAAUCCUUUCCUUCAUAUUUUCCAGGGUAGAUGGUGGAUAUCUAUAAACCUCUUGCUGGUGAUCUAGGAGGCCAAGAUAUAGGCCCAUCACGACCGAUCCAACGAUUUGUUACUCUAGGUGUCCAAAUAGUUACGCACACGAUUAUAAUGCGCAGGUGCGCCGUCAUGUUGGAAGUACAUAUGCAUCCGAGUUUGCAGGUUGACAUCCUCCAAAAGCAAAUGUUCGAUCAAAUUCAAGUAUUCUGUACCUGUUAAUCUGUUUUCGAAAAAGAAAGGCCCGAUAACUUGUCUGCCAAUGAGCCAAGUGAAUAAAAUGUAGUGAAUGCUUGUACUAGGGCAUUUAUAAGUGAAUACCUAGGAUCGGGUGAAUAAAAUAUCAAGUAAAUACUUAAGAUCAAGCAUUUACUCCUCUUUGUAGUAAGUACCUAGCUUAUGUAGUAAAACCUCAGUUUUUCCGAGCAUUUACUUAAAAUUGAGUGAAUAAUCGGUAGGUAAAUACUUAUGUUGUUAGUAAAUGCUCAAUAAUUUUUAAGGUAAGUGAAUAGUGUACUUACGGUUGAAGAUGGCAGAUUCCAUGCAUUUACGAGCGGGUAAAACAUAUCGAAAAAGACGGAAUAUUAGCCCUAGUCAGUCAAAAUGUUUGUUAAGGUUUGAUUCAGAACGUGUAGACUUCUUGUGUUCCGAGUUUCUGCCAGAAAAUAAUGAACGCAGAGGCGGAGCACUCUCUGCAAGAACAAAAAUGGAGAUAUUUCUACGCUAUCUAGGCGAUCCAGGCUUUCAGAGCGGAGUAGCAGAAGACUAUGAGAUUCACCGCACUACAGCUUGCAAAACGGUAAGUUUGGUUCUUAAUAAAGUGUGUCAGAAGGCAGAUCACUCGAUUACAUUUCCAACAACUGUCAGUGAACUGAAUGAUGCGAAAGUUAAAUGGCAAUCACGUUUCACAAUUCCUACUGUGAUCGGGGCGUUGGACUGCACUCACGUAAAAAUAAAAAGACCAGGAAGAUUUGUGGACGAGUACGUAAAUCGCAAAGGCUAUACAAGUAUAAAUGUACAAACUACUUGUGAUGCUAGCGAAAAGUUUACAAGUAUAGAUGCACAGUGGUCAGGAAGUGUACACGACGGCAGGAUUUGGAGGCGAAGUAUAGUAAAUGAGGUCUUAUCACAGUUUAAGGGAUCAUUUUGUCUCCUUGGCGAUUCUGGAUAUGGAAUAUCACCAUGGCUUUUAACUCCAUUUAAACCUGCAAUAAACAGACAACAGGAAAGGUUUAACCUAUUACAUUCUCGAGAAAGGGUGACAAUAGAAAGACUAUUCGGACAACUGAAAAUGCGCUUUCCUAUACUCGGCAAUACUGUCAGAGUAUCAAGUGAGAAGGUACCGAAAAUAAUAUUGUGUUGCGCAGUACUGCAUAAUGUAGCAAAAUAUUUGAACGAUGACUUUAACCUAGAAGAAGCCUUUGAAGAUGAACCUUUGGACGAAGUAAUGUAUGAAGACGAGGAAGAUGAUGACAGAAACCCUUUGCGGCGUCUAGGAGUACGAAAACGCGAGGAUAUAAUUGCAGUUUUGAAUUUAUAACAUUUCUGUAGUUUUCUGAAUUAAAUAUACUUUUUAUAUGGAAACGUUUAUUUAUGAGAACUGAAUACAAACAAAAAUAUCAUUUGUCAAAUAGUAAAUAUUGCCCGAGCUCUGUUAAACUGUUCUGGUCGGAAACUGGCUCUUCUACAUUUCCAUGUUUCAAUAAUAAGCUUGUCUUUUUCCUGUUGCAGCCUCGCUGCUGCCAACUGUUGUAAUAGUACAAGGCGUUGCAACUCAGGAGUUGUAAGUUGAGAGGUUUCCUCUGUUUCACCCUCCAGAACACGUUUUCGUCGUUUUACCACAUCAACUUCCUUACGUGGCGCACUUCUAGUCCCGACAUCUGACAGAGAGGGCGCAUUUCGGAUUCCUACAAGCGAUGCUUCUGAUGAGUUGUCCACUGUUACUCCGGCUGAAACGCCUCCAGGAACUUUAGAAAAAACAGGAUUCUCUUCAAUCUGUACGAUUUCCAGAAAUUCACUUUCAAUGGUUUAUUGCAGUUUAUUACAGUUGUGCUAUGGUGACUACUUUGCCAAUGCCUUUACUGUACUCAUCUUUUAUUUCAUUCCAGGCUUUUUCUUUCGCUGCCACCAUCUUCGGCAACAUAGAUUUAUUUAAUACCACUCGGUGGUUUUUUAAUAAAUACACAAAACGCAUCUUACUUUGGGUAUUACUCGCCUCAACUUUACAGAUUUCAUUUUUAUCUGUACUACUUUCUUCUUCGCUACUUGACAUGAUAGCACGACUGAUAAUUAGUAAUUUUGUGUACACAGAGCAUGUGUCGUGUUUACAUUUUUUGCCGCCAUUAGGAAUCCGUAGCACUGGGGCGCGUUCACAUUUACGCCCAAGGCGCGCACCGGAUAUAUAUUUUGUGUUCCAUGUCAGCAUACGCGCAUUGUGAUUGGCUUAAAAUCGCCCCAGGCUAAGAAGUCUCCCAACACUCCGUAAAUGUGAACAUAGCCUUGGCGUAGCGAAGCAAAUACUUAAAUUGUAACUUUUAUAAGUAAAUACUUUGUAGUAAUUACUUCAACUUUUCCAGCAAAUACUACUUAGUAAAAGCAAAUGAUUAUUCUCUCCAAAUUAAGUAUUUACUUUUACUUGGCAGACGUUACUUUACUAAAAAGUAAAUACUUCCUAGUAUUUACUACAUUUUAUUCACUUGGCUCAUAACUCCUCCCCAAACAUUCAAGCUUCAUUUAUUUUGGAAAUCUAUUUGCCUAACGCAGUAAGGGUUUUCCGUAGCAUAAUAGUGCAUGUUAUGCCUGUUGACAACACCUAUGCUGUUAAAAGUUGCCUCAUCGCUAAAAAGAACCUUAUCGAGGAAAGUAUAGUGUCUUCACUCACUUUAUUUAACAUUAUUCUACUAAACUCCAUUCGAGCUGCGAAAUCCUGAGGACGAAGGCCUUGAUGCAAGCAUAGGUGAUAGAGAUGGUGCCUAUGCUUGUGAAUAAUCCUUUGAACAUAAGUUCUGCAUCUAUCAGUUUCGGCUCGAAUUUGCCGUGCACUUAAAUGGGGAUUUUCCUGCAACUUUAAUAGAACCUCCAACUGAUUCGCCUUAUUGGUGAUACUUGGAUUGUUUUUAGAUUUUUUACUAUAUUCCACUGCUCCACUUGAAUAUUUCCGGCCUUGGAUGUCGCACAUUAGGGUACCGUUGCUUAUAAAUGCGAGAUGCAAGGAAACUAUUUCUUUGGUCUUCGUCCAAAACGAACAUCAUAUUCACCAUUUCUUCUUUAGAAAAAGUCAUUUUCAGACACGUUUUUAUUAUAAUGCUUCCAAAGCUAAUUUUGACAGUUUGUAACUAAUUAACAAUUUAUUUGUUUCCAAGGAUGAUGCGAUAUCUUAGGGAAUUAAGACGUCCCAUAAAAGACGUGCUAAUAACCGAAAAAAUAGCCGUAAAAACCCUUAUGUGUCUAGUAUCAAAAAAACUACAAUUUGCGUUUUUAACCACCCUGACUGAGCAAAAAUUAAAAUCCGAAAAAGUAACAAAUAAGAUAAAAGUUGAGGUGUAUAAGUUUCUUUUUUAUACAAAAUUCAGCACUCCAAAUUUCAAUUGGGGGGUUUUUCUAGAUAAAACACCUUAUAUCUCAGUAGCUAAUUACCAAAACCCCAUAGUAUGUUAUAUCAAUUUUCUUCUUUUGAAUUGGUCAUGUAUAACAUCCCAUAAAUAGAUUUUCAAAAAAUGUAUUUGUUUAUGAGUAAUACUCCGUCCACACUUGGAUGGGCCACCCUGUAUAUAGGUAAGAAUUGGGUUGUGGUAUUGGUUUAACAAUACAUAAAAGAGAAAAUCAGCAAAACAUUUAAAUUCAGUGAAUAUUGACUUUUUUUGAUAAUGUAUUUCAUGGUAGCUCAUAAUGUAACAUGUGAUAGGUAUUUUCAAUUAAUCAAGGGCUCCUCUAUACCCUCUAAUAAUGUGCUCGUAUGUUGAUUAUUUCUGUGACUUAAUAUUUAUAGCCGUGCCAUAUGUGUAUAUGACAAUUUCAAUAUUGUAUGCGAAACUUGCUACGGAAACUUUAUCACUAUCUUAUAUAUCAGGUGCCCACAAUCCUAGUAACGUUGAACAUGGUCAAAACAUUUGUGGCAAACUAGCGCAUUAGCGAUACAUUUUUCUAAUAUUUUCGAUUCAUUUUUAAAGGUUGUCUCAGUUGUAUGAAAUGAGUUUGGUCAGUUUUAUAUUAUAUCCGACUUGUAGUGAUCAUACUCAAGUGGUUAGCGAUUAGAUAUUUUCGUUUUAUCUAUUGAACGUUUUUUGGUCAUAUUUUUUGCGUCGGUACCUUGAUUUGUUUAAUUUAAAUAUUACUAUAUAAAGGGCAUUUCAAUUAAGGGUGUAAGAUAAUCAAUGCUUCUUAUAAAACAUGUACAGGUAUAUAGAUGUCAAUAAUUUUUAUAAUAGUUUACCAUAUUAUAAUGCUUUCAUUACUUUUUUAACAAAGCAG